GGGGCCCUACAACUACUAGUCAAUUGUAGUGUGUAACUCGUGAUGUGAGAUUAUAUGUGUCUGAACAGAGUUAGAAUUUUGUUUUAUGCACAAGUUUUUAAAAAUUAUGCAAAAGAAAAAAAUUAUCACAAUUUUAUAUUUACUGCUAAAGUAUGUCCAUUCAUUGUGUUCAUGUGUGUUUUUGUUGUUUGACGUAUAUUAUACUCUACCAUUAUCAUUGGCAAUGUUAGAUUAGAUUAUUGUGUUCACCUUCCUCCUCUCCCUGACUCGUACCACGAUUACUAAUCUUUUUUUUUGCAGCUUGCGUUACAAUUUUCAAAAAAAAAAAAAAAGAAAUCGGAAAUAAAAAGAAAAGCUUUUGAAUUGUCCUAUGCACGGUUGCAAUUGGCUUUGAUCAAUUCCAUAAUACUACUACUCAUUACUUUGCCUUGAUUUUCUCCCAAGAAGAUGCCCGUCGACGACACUUUACCUCCCAUAGCCGUCGGGGUGCAGACCCCGCAUGCUGCAGUUGCGGCUUUAGUAAUGGACUUGUUAUUCUGGAGAAGCAUGUAUCUAAGCAUCCUUGUUCUUUUGGUGGCCACGGCAACUUGGGUAACACUCCAACUCUAUCACUAUUACGUGGUAGAAGUUGUCUCGUGGGUGGCCAUGCUCCUUGUUACACUUAUCUUUGUUUGGGGCAAUAUUCAUAGACUCCUCAAAAAUGGGGAUCCGGACUUUUCAGGGAUGGAGAUAAGCGAGGCGCGGGCUGAAGGAAUGGCGCGUGGGAUUCGGGAAUGGAUUGACGAAGGCAUUCGAUGGCUGUUUCGGGUGGGUGUGGAAAGGGAAUGGUCUGUGUUUGGGGCAACUGUAGCUGCUCUGGGGUUGCUUUCGUGGAUCGCUACCCAUUUUGAUUUGCUUACUCUUGUUUACAUGGGGGUUGUGUUGGGUAUGACUGUACCUGCAAUUUACGUUAAGCAUGAGGAGAAGAUCAUAGAGUUAUGGAAUGCAAUUUACCUGCAGGGGUUGUCAGCCUGCCCUUGUAUUUGAGUCUCAAAAGUAUUACGACUUGAGUAAAGACAAGCUGGGGAGGAUAAGAAGCAAAGUGGCUGCAGGAAAGAAACAGACUGAAUUGAAACUAUUUCUUA